AUGAAGCCCUUUUGCACAAGGACUGAUGCAGUUUCUCGCGUUCAAUUACUUGCAGUUGUCACAACUUAUUCGCUUUGCGAAGCCUAAAACAAAAUUGUUCCCUCGUAUAACAAAGGCAAUUGUAGUCGAGCUGGAGUUUGCAGAUGAUUAUGGCUUUCAUUAA